CAAGUCGAUGCGGCUCCGAACCGGCUCUCUCCACCACUGCAGCAGUCGCUCAUGACAGGCCCCAACAAGAGCCAGCCCCACCAGCAAGGCCAUCGGCCUGGCGCCGAUCCCACCCGGACUGGUGGGAGGGGCAAGGCGGCAAACCGGAUGUUCUUUCGAGAGGGGUCAAAAGGGAGCUUGCAGCGCUUGCUUCCCGCCCGCAGCCCGCCCGCCGCUCUGCAUCAGCAUGCCCUUCACCGUCACCACCACCGUCCGCACCCAGCUCGGCCUCAUCGAGGGCCUCGUCGAGAAUGGCAUGUACGUCUGGCGCGGCAUUCGGUUCGGCAAACCCCCUGUCGGCCCCCUUCGCUUCCGAAACCCGGUGCCGGUGGAUCCAUGGCCCGGGGUGCUGAGGGCUCACUCGUUCGAGGCCGCUCCAGCCCAGCCCAAGCCGCCGUUCAUGCCAGAGUGGCUCCCGGUGCCGCCCAUUUCCAAGCCGCCGCCGCGGGAAGACUGCCUGUUCCUCAACAUCUGGAAUGCCUCCAAUCCAGAGACGUCGCCGCUCAAGCCUGUGAUGGUGUUCAUCUACGGCGGCGCCUUUGUCAUCGGCUGCGGCUCGCAGGACCUCUACCAUGGCGAGCACCUGGCCACGAAUGGCGACGUUGUCGUCGUGACGCUCAACUACCGGCUGGGUGCCCUGGGCUUCCUCUUCCUGGGCGACACGGCCGAGGGCUUCGACUCGAACCUGGGCCUCAAGGACCAGGUCCUGGCCCUGCAGUGGGUCCAGGCCAACAUCCGAGCCUUUGGCGGCGACCCCGACAACGUCACGAUCUUUGGGCAGUCGGCCGGAGGCAUAUCCGUGACGACGCUGCUUGCGGUGCCUGCCGCCCGAGGGCUCUUCCACAAGGCCAUCGCCCAGAGCCCAGCCCCGACCGCCGUCCGCCAGUCCCGGAGCGAUGCAGUUCAAGCAUCGCGCGACUUUGUCAGGGAGCACCUUGGCCUGGAGCCCGAGCAAUACGCCGAGCUGCGCGAGAUUCCUGCCGAGAAGCUGGCGGCGCUUUCUGUCCCCAAGAACCACAAGUUCGGCUUCCUGCCCGUGGUCGACGGCGACUGGCUGCCGCACCAUCCGCUCGAUGCCAUCCAGGCCGGCUUUGCCAAGGACAUCCCGCUGCUCAUCGGCUACAACCACAGCGAGGGUGAGUUUUUCCAGCUGCAGCGCAAGCCCAUCAUCCCGAUCCACAAGGACGACCUCGAUGCAUUCUUCAGCUCGCAGAUCCACAUGCAAGAGUCCGAGCUCCUACUCUUUACCGAGCAGCUGACGCAGGACUACAUCGAGCGCUUCCCCGCCAAGACGGCGCAUGUCCGGCUCGGCGGCGACCUGAUGUUCACCAUCCCGACGAUCCAGUUUGCCUCGGCCCAGGCCCAGCACGCCGCCGUCUUCAUGUAUCGCUGCGACCACCGAUCCAAGCUCGUCGAGCUCCUCGGCGGCAACGCCACCCACACCACCGAGCUGCCUCUGGUCUUUGGGACGCUGCGCUCGGGGCUGGGCAAGAUGCUCUUUUCGAUGAACUGGUUCGACUCCCGGCUCGCCGAGCUGUCGCUUCGGAUGCAGCGGGCCUGGACCAGCUUUGCUCGUUCGGGCAAUCCUUGCGUCGAGGGAUGGGUGCCUUACACCACCACCACCCGCGCGAGCUACAUCUGGGACCAGACCGAGCGGGUCGAGAACGACGCCGACGCCGAAAUCCGCCAGGCCUGGGGCGAUUUCCGACCCGAGCUCUGAGAGGCUGCCAGCGCAGCGGCUGUAACUCGGACUGGAGCUGCAGGAAUGCCAAUGGGCGGCAUGUUUGUGCUGUC